CUGCGGGAGGCGUGCGCGGGGACGUAUCGCGGGGCGCUGGCGACGCGCGACGACGCGGCGGAGAUCAUGGCGGCGGCGGGCGCGCUCGAGCGGCUGACGACGAGCGAGACGAUCGAGUGGGAUGCGCUGGAUGGGAAGUGGCGGUUGGCGUACACGAACGCGGCGGACGUGCUGGGGCUGUUGAUGGCGUCGCAGAGGUUGGGGGUGCCCGAGGUGGGGGAUAUUUUUCAGAGCUUCGGGUGCGCGAACGGGACGAAUACGGGGAUCACGAACGAGAUACGCCUGAGCGUGCCGUUUUUGUUGAGCGAGGCGAAGGUUGGCGCGCCGGGAGGCGUCGGAUUGCGCGUGCAGGCGAGUUUUAAGGAUGUCGGGCGGCGGCGCAUCGCGUUGACGUUUCAAGAGGCGCAGGUGAGCGAGAUUAGUAUUUCGCCGCUCGCCGAGACGUUGUUGGCGCCGGCGAUUUUGCCUCGGUCGUCGCUGAAUCAUCAAGUGCUGAUGUUUAUCAAAGAGCUCGAGCUGAAGUUUCCGCUUCGGGGCGCUCUGACGUCCAUGGGCGGCGGAGAAGCUGGCGCCGCCGUGGGCACGUAUCAUCUCACGUUUUGCGACGAGGACAUGUUGAUCGGACGCGCCGCCGCGGGCGGAAUAUACAUUUUCACGCGCGCUUAA